GCCAGAGCUGUAACCAUCUUCAACAUUGAUGAGAUAAUCAUCUUUGAUGAGUCUGGAGCUGCAGCUAGAGAAAACACGGAUGGAGUCUUUAGCGGUAUUGGCAAGAAAGGGAACGCUAACGUCCAAUUGGCAAGGAUCCUACAGUAUCUGGAAUGUCCUCAGUAUUUGAGAAAAAUCUUCUUUCCAAGACACAGUGAUUUACAGUAUGCAGGUCUACUGAACCCCCUGGACAGCCCACAUCAUGUCAGAGCCAAUGAGGAAGUAGCUUACAGAGAGGGUGUGGUGGUAGACAGACCGGUAGCUAAGGGGCAUGGCUCUCUUGUCAAUGUUGGACUCUACAAGGAAGUUGAGAUUGACAAGAAGCUGCAGGCAGGGCUCAGAGUGACGGUCAAGAUGAACGCAAAGAAGGAAGCUUCGUCCAAGUUCUCUCCGUGUAAAGUGGUAUCACCCUCUGCACCAAGGCUUGAGGCUGGUCUGUACUGGGGGUACUCGGUCAGGUUAGCAUCAAGUCUAGGGGCUGUUUUCACGGGAUGUCCAUUUUCAGCCGAUGGGUACGAUCUUACCAUUGGGACAUCGGAACGAGGGACCACAGCGAAUAAGGUGGAUCUACCUUACUUCAAACAUGCAUUGAUUGUCUUUGGUGGUGUUCAAGGUCUGGAAUUCAGCUUAGAGAUGGAUCAAGCAUUACUGGUCUCAGAUCCCAGUGUGUUGUUUGAUCACUAUGUCAAUGUAUGCCCCAACCAAGGGAGCAGAACUAUUAGAACAGAGGAGGCUGUACUGAUCACCAUGGCAACACUAAGACCCAAGAUUCUCAGUGCUCAAGAUUUGAAUAGAUGACAAAAAUGUCUUUGACAGUUAUUGUACCAACAAUGCAGGACUUUCACAUUGACCAGGGGGAGGGUUCAUUUUCACGAAGCCAUUCAUCAGUCGGUUUUACUCAUAAUGCAAUAAGCUACUAAACUCCUUGCAUCUGAAUGGCUGUGAGCAAACUCGUCAGUGAAAAUCAGUGAUGAGAUGCUUCAUGAAAGGCUUUCCAUAUUGUAUCUGUGGACAGAGCUGCCAAGUAGUACUGGUUUUCAGUAAUUAUUGCUAAAAAAUGAGAAAGAAUACUGGUUGUUUCAUGCAAAUUACUGAUUUGCAUGAAAGGUGUAUUUAAGUUUCAGUUUAUGUGUUGUCCUAUGGCAUUUCUGUGAAAAUACUUGUUUUCUUACCAAAAUACUUAUUUUCCGCCUUUAAAAUACUGAAAUGUUCUUGAUCAGUUUGGCAUCUCUGUCUGUGGAUCAAUUGUUUUCAUAUUCUGAUUUUUCUGGGAACCAAUGCUUCAUUCAUCAGAUGAACAUUAUUGUAUCGACUUGGCUAUAUCCUGGACCCAAUAGCCUGAAGAAAUAAAGACAUGAUGCAUACGUUUCACCAGUAUCUUCAUUCUAGUAUUGAUACAAACUUCUCCUUAUUUUCCUUCAUCAUCAUUUCACAUGUAUUGUCUUGGUUCAGGAUAACUAGAAGCAAGACAGAUGAGCAGAAUCGAGCAAAGUGUAUAAGUGGGGGCUUUGGCAUUAGCCAGUCAAAAUUAAAACUUUAGGGUUGGUAAAUUUUCGACUUUAGAUGAAAAUUCAAUGGCAAAUCCUGGAAAUCAAACUAUUCAAUAAUUAUUCAUGCACCUGUUUCUUCAUUCACGUGGUCCAAUUACAAGCUCAAUUUACAAUCAGUGAUAUUUAGUGCCAAUAUAAAUCACCAGUGUGCCAUAUGCAUGUUACCAUUGCAGAUUGUGACCAAACAAAUUAUUCAUUUUUCCAUGCAUAUAAAAAAAAAACUCUUGAUACUCGAAUGAGAUAUGGUUAAUAUGACAUCAUGAAUAUGUUAAAGUAAUAUCUUUUUUUGCUUUUUAAUCUCAUGGGGAUUGCCAGAAUUAUGCAUAAAAUAUUCCUUAUUUUUUCCCCCAAUCAAAUUUUGCCGUUCAUAUGUUCUAUUUCUCUUCAUUUAUUUUAAGUACCGGUAACUCUAAAUGUUCAUGUGAUGUAAGUGCAGUUUUUAGUACACGUUCAUAAGAUUAUGAAACAUUUCCUUAGUUUACUCAUGUGAGUUGUACUUAGGACUGUUUUUUGCACAUACUUGUUGAAUUAAUGAAGAUAAAGUUCAUAAAUCAUAUUUUGAAUAUAUAUAUUCAUAGAAAAAGGAAUGUGCGAAAAAUCUCAAUGCCUGAUCCAGACAAACAUGGGACUUGUGCGACCAUUGCUGUACUAAUUGUGCUCUUCUGGCUCCUGUAGAGGCAAUGUUAUAAUUAGCCUACCAUUGAGACAGGUCUUUUCCCCCAAAGCCAAGCAAACCUAUGGCAACUGAUUUCUUUCUCAGUUCUUUUUCUAUGAUUUUUUUAAAUCUACUGAUUCGUCGUCGUAGCAGUAGUACUAGUAAUCCAGGUUUGAAUGGUGUAGUCCUGGACUACCAUGGUGGCCGUAAUAUUCACAAUACAUUUUUUUCCUUGAUAAGAAACUCAUUAAGUUUUUUUUUUUAUUGCCACACUACCUCAAACAGUUUUGAAGGGGGAACAUGAAAAAAAAUAUCCAAAUAGGAUGAAAUAUGGAAAAGAUACAGCCUUUUUAAUAUGUGUUGUUUCAUCUCAAUUUGAAUGAGGCAGUUUCCACAAAACUGUUGGUAAUGUGACGAGCUCAUUUUUUUUCAAUUUCUUUUCAUGCCUCUGCCCGCCAUGGAUGGUUGCCGGAGGCAUUAUUCAAUAUAUGAAAUUACAAGUUACCAAUUAGGUCAUUCUCCAAAUAUGUAAAAUUUGGAUUAGCUCUUUAUGGAAUACAUAAAAUCAUGACAGUAACUCUUCUUGUGAGAAGGGAUAGAUUUGUGGGAGAAAUAUUUCAGAUUUUGUGUAAAAGUAAAAUAAAGAGUUGUGAUAUCUGCUCAAGCUGUUUUUACAAAACAAA